AUGAGAAAGAACUCUUCAUUUUUCCAUCUAUUCCUCAGCUUGGCUCUUCUACUGGGCCAAGCCAAACCCGACCCGGAUCCACUUCAAGACUACUGCAUAGCAGAUACCAUAACCCCUGGCUCAUUUUACUUCAAUGGUGCACCCUGCAUUAAUCCAAAGCAUGCACUCCCCUCCCAUUUCACCACAUCAGUUCUAUCCAAGCCAGGAAACACAAAGGCCAACCCUUUCGGCUUCAACGUAACUCUAACCAACACGCUCAACUUACCAGGCCUCAACACCUUGGGCUUGACCAUGGCCCGAGUUGACAUAGCAGCCAAUGGGCUUGUCCCUCCACACUUACACCCACGGGCCUCGGAGGUAACCACCUGCCUCAAGGGCCUGCUUCUUGUGGGCUUUGUGGACACAUCUAACCGUGUUUUCACCCAACAAUUAAGGCCUGGUGAGUCAUUUGUCUUCCCAAAGUCUCUCAUUCAUUUUCUGUACAACUAUGAUUCAAGGGCUCCGGCAGUGGCAUUGUCCGGUUUGAGUAGCCAGAACCCUGGUGCACAGAUUGUGUCACUUGCCACAUUCACUUCAAACCCUCCAAUUGACAAUGAGAUACUGAUGAAAGGUUUUCAAAUUACGGAUCGAGACGUUGCCAGAAUCCGAAAGAACCUAGGAGGUUAAUCGUGUUUCUGACUGAUGACUGACUAAUCAAGCACGACUUGUAUAUUUUAUGCUCCAGAAUAUAGAUGCCAACGGUCAUAUUGCUCUGUUUGUACUUGUCUAUAUGCAAGCCCUAGUCAACCACUAUGUUCGAUGUAUACAAGAAUUAUAAAUGUUCUUCCUUAUUUUUGGUCUCAAGUUGUUUUCAGGAAGUGUGAAGCAUGUGUACAGCUGCGCAACAAAUCAGUGUACUAACCGUAAGACUAGUAACACUAAUAAAAUCGG